AUGGCAGCUAGAAAUUUGCGCAUUUCGAUCUCGAAUGCUACUACUUGUGCACCAACAGUGAUUCGCUGCACCGACCUGCGCACUCGAACCAUCCGCCUCCAAUCGGCAAACAAAUAUUAUUACCAAAUGUCUUCUUCCCCUGACUCACCGGAGGUUCACCAUCAUGGACAACCGGGUAGCACAAUAACAAUUGACAAUCUCCCAGAUGAGAUUCUCAUGGAUAUCUUCGAGCGUGUUCCACAAAUGUCGCAGAGGGAUACGCCGCAUCUGGAAUCUAUGAGAUACUCGUGGAUGCGGCCGAGCGACUAUCCAAAGGACAUUCCGCCCGAGGAAUCCAUGUUAGCGCCAUUAGGCCUCAGCCAAGUUUGCAGUCUAUGGCGCAGUCUUGCCACGUCAUGCCCGUCACUAUGGACCGAGAUUACCGUUCUCAUAUGCAAAGACGACAGCGCGCAGAGAGAUGAGUGGUUCCUAAAUGCAGUCGAUACUUGGCUCUCUCGAUCCGGAGUAUCUCCUCUUCGUCUUAGGAUUGUGGGUGAUAUUUCCCGCUCCUGGCUGACUUGGUGUGAUCCGGACGACGCUCCAGGGCCGAAAUUGGAGAUCACGGCGCAUAUUCUAAGGAAAUUAUUGGAUCAUCAAGACAGAUGGAGGGACGCUUCCUGUACCUUUAUCGGGCACGAUCCUAGGAUACUACCGCAACUUGGCCUUGUUGACGCACCACUCCUGGAAUCUCUGCCUUUUUGCUGGGUCGGGCUCACUCAGCUCCAUGACAUGACGCAAAUUAAUCUUGACAUUUCGUGUUCUCCAAGAUUGAGGAGUUUACACCUCGAAGGGAUUCCUCGCAUCACAACCGGGGGAGUCUCUAAUCUGAGGGAAUUGACGUUAGUUAGCGCGUCUGACGAGACAAGCAUAAAGCAAUCCGUUUUCCUACAAUUAUUGCAAGCCAUCCCGAACCUUCAAAUUCUCGUUUUUAAGGCCAUCCAUUGCGAAUCCGAUGCUCCGCAGAGCUCCCUUAUCACGUUGGCUAGACUGCACACUCUCGCAGUCGACGACAAUGGUGAUCCUGCAUUUUUAAUCAGCAGCCAGGAGUUUUCGGCUAUGCUUGUACGGUCCCGUCCUGCUCUGGAGUAUUACGAGCUUUCUCACAUAAGGGUGGGCGGAGACACUGUCGCCCCCUUUCUGCAGCUUAUGCCGGGUUUGGAAACACUUUGCUUGGUAACCGACCCAUACACGCCCGAUCUCUUCGAGAUGCUGUCCGUGAAGGAGACAGCCGAGUCUCAGGACAUUAACGCUUUUCUAUGUCCUAAUCUCGAGAAGCUAAUUGUCAAAAAUUGUGGAUACUGGAAUUGUAACUUGUAACCCUUCAGAACGAAAAAUCAGAAACGUCGAGUCGUUAUGCAAUAUGCUUCAAAAGAGAUGCCAUGCACUCGGCCGGGUUGGGACGAUCGAAUGCUACUCGGCAUACUAUCCUUCAAGUUUCGACGGAGAGCCCGUCUAUACUCCUGAAAACCGAUUCUACGAUAUUCCGUUCGUCGACAUUGGUUGCGCGGGGAUGCGAGAGACCCUCGCGAACCAAGCCCGGUUGGACAUUCGAUUCGAGAAGCUGCUUGCUAUUGAGGUUUAGCCUGUGUGUAAUAAACUGCUUAUUCCUCUCCGUAGGUAGUCUGCCUCUCCAAU